GAGUGGAAGCGGCGCGUCCGGGGCCAGGUGGGCUCCCUGCGGCCGAGCGGAGGCAAGCGGCUGCGCCGGGAGGGUCUGGCUCGGAGGCCCGAGGAGCAGCAGCAGCCGCCGCGGGAGCGGGCCGCCGCAGCGCGGGAAUGGUGCGGGGGGCGCCCGGAAGGAGGCGCAGUCCGGCCCCGGCGGGGUUAGUGGAUGAGGCUCGCCGGCCCGGGGACGGUGCGCUGCGGGUCCCAGCAUGAGCGCGGGCCCCGGCUGUGAGCCCUGCACCAAGCGGCCCCGCUGGAGUGCCGCUGGAACGUCUGCGCCGGCGGCCUCGGACCCCCGGAGCUUCCCCGGCAGACAGAGGCGCGUCCUCGACCCCAAGGACGCUCCCGCACAGUUCAGGGUCCCACCGUCCUCGCCAGCCUGCGUCCCGGGCCGGCCGGCACCGCGCAGAGGCAGCGCCACCUCGUUUGUUUUGAAACAAAAGACUAUUACCACGUGGAUGGAUACUAAAGGAACCAAGACAACUGAGUCAGAAAGUAAAGAAAACAACAAUACAAGGAUAGACUCCAUGAUGAGUUCUCUGCAAAAAGAUACCUUUUACCAACAUAAGGUGGAAAAAUUGGAAAAUGCUCCUCUGCUAGAUCUUGAUAAGUCGCCCACUGAAAAGAACGCACAGUAUUUGAACCAGCAGCAGAAUGCGAGCACGUGCAAGUGGCCCGAUGAGGGGCGGCAGGCACAACAGCUUUUGGCAAGUGAGCCUGCAACAGUAACUCCGGGGCCAGAGCAGCCUGGUAAUGCUAACGUUGACCGGUCGGCCCACACUGACGCCCACAGUGACACAGAGAGUGAGGGGGAUAGAGACAAUCAGCACUUUCUCACGCCCGUGAGGCUGGCAAACACCAAGCAGACAGUGGGGGAUGAGCCAGCCGGCAGCUGCAGGUGCAGCGGGUCUUGUCGCUCUCUGCAAGACUGCACAGGCUGUCAGCAGGAGGUGGAUGUGCUACCGGAGAGCCCCUCGUCAGACGUGGGUGCUGAGGACAUUGCAACUGAACCAAAGCCCGACAACAAAGUGACGAGACAAGAAAGUAGCCUAGGUGACUCCCCUCCGUUUGAGAAGGAAAGCGAACCCGAUUCACCAAUGGAUGUAGAUAAUUCAAAAACCAGUUGUCAAGACUCAGAAGCAGAGGAAGAACCCAGCCCAGGCUUUGAUGAACAAGAAGAUAGCUCCUCCCAAACAGCAAGUCAGCUUUCAAUUUGCCAAGCAAGAGAAGCCGACAGUGAUCUUAGGAAACGGUAUUUGACUAAGGGAAGGGAAAUUAGAUUACACUUCCAAUUUGAAGGAGAGACUCAUGCUGGAACCAGUGAUUUAAAUGCCAAGCCAUCUGGAAACACUUCCAGCCUUAAUGUAGAAUGUAGGAGUUCCAAGCAGCAUGGAAAAAGAGAUUCUAAAAUCACAGAUCAUUUCAUGAGAAUUCCCAAAUCAGAGGACAGAAGAAAGGAACAAUGUGAAGCCAGACAUCAAAGAACAGAAAGGAAGAUCCCUAAGUACGUCCCAGCUCACCUUCCUCCCGAUAAGAAGUGGCUCGGAACUCCUAUUGAGGAAAUGAGGACAAUGCCUCGGUGUGGGGUCCGCUUGCCUCUCCUAAGACCGUCUGCUAACCACACAGUGACUAUUCGGGUAGACCUUCUGCGAGCAGGAGAUGUUCCGAAACCUUUUCCAACACAUUAUAAAGAUCUGUGGGAUAACAAGCAUGUUAAAAUGCCCUGUUCUGAACAAAACUUGUAUCCUGUGGAAGAUGAGAACGGUGAGAGAACUGCAGGGAGUCGGUGGGAGCUCAUUCAGACUGCACUUCUCAACAGAUUCACGCGACCCCAGAACCUGAAGGAUGCUAUUCUGAAAUACAAUGUGGCAUAUUCUAAGAAAUGGGACUUUACAGCUUUGAUUGAUUUCUGGGAUAAGGUGCUUGAAGAAGCAGAGGCUCAGCAUCUGUAUCAGUCCAUUUUACCUGACAUGGUGAAGAUUGCGCUCUGUCUGCCGAACGUUUGCACCCAGCCAAUACCACUUCUGAAACAGAAGAUGAAUCAUUCUAUCACAAUGUCGCAGGAACAGAUCGCCAGUCUUUUAGCUAAUGCUUUCUUCUGCACAUUCCCCCGACGGAAUGCCAAGAUGAAAUCGGAGUAUUCUAGUUACCCAGACAUUAACUUCAACCGGUUGUUUGAAGGACGCUCAUCAAGGAAACCAGAGAAACUGAAAACACUCUUUUGCUACUUCCGAAGAGUUACAGAGAAAAAACCUACUGGAUUGGUGACAUUUACAAGACAGAGUCUCGAAGAUUUUCCAGAAUGGGAAAGAUGUGAGAAACCCCUGACGCGAUUACAUGUCACUUACGAGGGUACCAUAGAAGGCAAUGGCCGAGGUAUGUUACAGGUGGAUUUUGCAAAUCGUUUUGUUGGAGGCGGUGUAACUGGCGCAGGGCUUGUGCAAGAAGAAAUCCGCUUUUUAAUCAACCCUGAGUUGAUUGUUUCUCGGCUCUUCACUGAGGUGCUGGACCACAAUGAGUGUCUUAUCAUCACAGGUACUGAACAGUACAGUGAAUACACAGGCUAUGCUGAAACUUACCGUUGGGCCCGGAGCCAUGAAGAUGGGAGUGAAAAGGAUGAUUGGCAGCGACGCUGCACGGAGAUCGUUGCCAUCGAUGCACUUCACUUCAGACGCUACCUCGAUCAGUUUGUGCCUGAGAAAAUGAGACGUGAGCUUAACAAGGCUUACUGUGGAUUCCUCCGUCCUGGAGUUCCUCCAGAGAACCUUUCUGCAGUGGCCACAGGAAACUGGGGCUGCGGUGCCUUCGGGGGUGAUGCUCGAUUAAAAGCCUUAAUACAGAUACUGGCAGCAGCUGCAGCUGAACGCGACGUGGUUUAUUUCACCUUUGGGGACUCAGAAUUGAUGAGAGACAUUUACAGCAUGCACACUUUCCUUACUGAGAGGAAGCUGAAUGUUGGAAAAGUGUUUAAGUUGUUACUACGAUACUACAAUGAAGAAUGCAGAAACUGUUCCACCCCUGGACCAGACAUCAAGCUUUAUCCAUUCUUAUACCAUGCUGUUGAGUCGAGUGCAGAGACCUCUGACCAGCCAGGACAAAAGGCAGGGACCUGAGGAAGCAGGUGGAUAGGACUUGCGCUCCGCUCUCAGAGACAUCCUGUUUGAACCGUGGGGUGUACUGUGUGCACUGACGUCGUCUGAUAUAAAUGUGUAUAUAAUCCACAUUUGUAAUCAAGGGGGCAUACCUCUCUCUGAAUGCAGUUACCAUCUGUACAUCCGAGCCCGUCUCGUCCUGUUGACAGGGCCUUAGGCUGUUCUCUUCCGUUUUUCUUCUCCUUCAGCCUUUACUCUUUGACUUGACUUUUCUUUAUUUGCCAGUCGGAUUUCUGGUGAAUCCCCAUGAAAGGGUGCCCUCGGCUUUGCGGUCUCUUCUUGUCUGUCCUCUCCAGACUGCUGUGGUGGCUAGCAGAAACCACUGCGCCUGAGGAGGUUCAAACCCGCAGUCUCGAGUGGAGACGGCUACACGCAUCCCUGGAGACUUCCGCUCCCCGCCCUUGUUAGGCUUGCGCUGGCUACAUUGUGAAUUUUAAAUUAAGAGUUGAAGUUUUUCUUAUGUUACUUAAUGCCGGGAUCUUAGGCUAAAACUGGUUUCUAUUUAAGACAGACUGACUUGCAGUUACUCUUUGAAGCAUCAUCCCUAUAAGCAAUCGUUUGUCCGUCCUUUUCCCCAGCUCCAUUAUUGGCACUAUUUUAGAAACUGAUGGAGAGGAAAGAAAAUGUAGAAUCAAAGAGUACUCCUCAUAUGAUAUAAAGAAACCAGGUUCAAGAGAGUCAGGGAGUUUUUGUUUGUUUUUCUUUUGCAAUUAGAAUCAAUGUUUGUUCUGUGUCACUUACGGCUUAUUCGUGUAACCAAAGGUUGGGGACUGGAAACUUCAUGCUGAUUUGUACAUAUUGAAGUUUUUCUGGCAGUAAAGCUUAGAGUUAAUACGUUUUCAUUAAUAAAUCAUUUGUCAGAAA